AUGUUCAAAUACACCGUUGUCAUCUUUGCUGUCAUCGCUUGCGCAGUUGCAAAGCCAGCACCAGGACUUCUUGCUGCACCACUUGCCUACUCAGCUCCAUUGGUUGCUGCCGCUCCAGGAGUUGUUACUGCCACUUCUAGCCAAGUGAUCGCAAGGAAUUACAAUGGAAUUGCAACUGCACCCGUUUACGCUGCUGCUCCAAUUGCCAAAUAUGUUGCCGCUCCAGUUGCUGCUCCUCUAGCUGCUGCUCCACUUCCUUUGGCUGCUGCACCAUUGGCUGCUAAGUACGUAGCUUCACCUUAUGCUUCUCCAUUGGCCUACUCAGCACCUUUGGCUGCUGCCCCUCUAGGAUAUGCUGCUUCAUACGGAUAUGCGUCUCCUUUGAGCUACUCGUAUGCUUCAGCACCUCUUCUGUUAUAA